AUGUCCGUAUCACUAGCGGACCCGUAUCGAGGCUUCGCGAUCAACUUUUCGCACGCAGACAAGCCAGAUGAUAAUGAUUUGAUUGCCUACGAUGCUAGGAAUAAGUUGAGCGGGCUUCCCUUCCAAUCCGACAGCUCCCAUCCUCCGUAUGACCCACACCAUCAUGCGGCAGCACCCCUGCUGCCUCAUCCCGCGCCUCAGACCAACGGCUAUCAUGACCCGCAGUCGACCUAUCUCCCCACGCACCAAAUGCUCCCACCUCUACCGCACUAUGGCUACGAGCUCACGCCGCCCCAUGAUACUGGGAAGCGGAAACGCUCUGGAUCCGACGGCGAAGGAGAGGAUGAUCGUCAUAUGGCCCACACCUUCGGACCUCGAGAGCCUUUACCAGCGCUGUCAAUCGAUAGCACGACUGUUACUGAACAGUCAGAUAGCACGUUGUUUGCUAGCCACACUGACCAUUCUACGACGCUCCCGCCCUCGGUAAAUGCGUACCCAUCUCCAAUUUCACUCCCAGUUCCACAACAGCACCAUCACCACCGUCUUCCCGCUCAGCUCCUAGGUGCUCAUGAAACGUCGCCAACAACCUCCGGUGGCCCUCCGAGCGUGGUGGGCCAGCCGGGGAUGCCAGACCCAGCACCUCGACCCCGAGGCCCCAAGCUCAAGUUUACGCCCGAGGAGGAUGCGCUACUGGUGGACUUGAAAGAGGAAAAGAAUCUGACAUGGAAGCAAAUCGCGGACUUCUUUCCUGGUCGAACUAGUGGGACGUUGCAGGUGAGGUACUGCACGAAAUUGAAGGCAAAGGACGUGGUCUGGACAGAUGAGAUGCUAUCGAGACUUCAACGCGCACUGAGUGACUAUGAGCAUGACAAGUGGCGAAUCAUUGCUGGGAAAGUCGGGAAUGGGUUUACGCCAGCCGCGUGUCGUGAGCGAGCUGCUCAUUUUCAGCCGUAUGAGACUGUCGAGGGAUUGCAACAGGGUCAAGAACUUCAAAGGGUACAGGAUUCUCAGGAUGUUGACGCCCCGGGUUCGAUUACUAGUGGAGAUGCUCUAUGA